GGUUGUGGCUGUAUUGCCAUAAACUGAAUCGAAAAUAGUCGCACGCCAAUUUUUCGCCACACACACAUUUGAAUCGUCGAUUGUGUAUUGCUAAAACAAAAUGCAUGACAUCGUUGCAUUAGCUACGAGAUCGGGUAAUUACGAUUAUGAUGACAUUGAUGCAAAUAAAAGACAUUCUUUCAUCGAUGACAGAAGAAACUGGAGGAAGAAAGCGUUACAGAAUCCUUCAGAAUUUGAACACAAAGACUGGAAUGAUAAAAAGAGACGUUAUGAUAAUCCAAGAUACGUAGAUGAUCCAGAGUCGAAAUUAUUAAGUAAUUUAGAUAGACCGCGAGAACUAGACUUAUCAUCAAGUUAUAGAGGACAAAGACACUACGAUAAUCUAGACAAAGCAACCAUAUUCAAGAGUAGCGAAACAGUACAUUCUUCAGCAUACUUGGAUAAUGAUGCUGAUAAGAAGAAUACUAUUGGAACCAUGAACUGUGAAAGGCCACAUGAAAAAUAUGAAACCUGUUUCGCUGGAUGUGCAGCAAUUACCUGUGACAACCCGCGCGAUAGACUACAGCCAUGUUACCCCUUCUGUGAGGCUGGCUGUAUAUGUAUGCCUCCAUACGUACGAGAUGAUCGAACGCAUAAGUGUGUAUUACCUGAUGACUGUACCAACAUCUAG